AGUGGCCUCUGCAUCAUCCAUUUGGGCUGAUGGAGCAGGGACAGGAUCAGGCUGCAGCAGCAGGGGAACAGCGGCUCUGCUGGGCUGCUUUCCCCAGGGAACAUCCAGCUCCAUCCCCCCCAAGGCUGCUGAGGGGCAGAGGAAGCUCAUCCCAAGAUGAUUUCCUGCUGCAUUCCCAUCCCCUGGGUCUCUCUGGGAUGUGGGGAUUUGCUGAGUUCCCUCCUCCCUGUGACAGCCGAGCACAUUCGGAGCCUCUUCCCACGGCCUCCUUGACCAUCCUGGCCUUCCCAGCACCUCCGUGUCCCCUGGGAGCAGCACAUCCCAGGAUAACCAUUGGGGACUGUGCCUCGCUGAGUGUGGGGACACCCGGGGACACCCAGUGACACCCUGCACAUCCCUCUGUCCUUCCCACGGGCACUGGAAGUGGCCUCAGUGGGGUGCUAGAGGGCGUUUGCUUUUCGGAUGCAGUCGGGAAGUGGGAAUAAGGUUUGGGAGAGGCGAAUCGCCGAGCCCAUGUCCCCGCAGUGGCCCUACAGGCACCAUGGCUCAUCCCACCCCGGGCAGAUGGCAGCAGCAUCCUGCUCCUCGCUGGAAAAUGCCCAAACCCACGGGCAGGGACUGCGCUGCAGCUGUCCCUGGUUUAAUUCCUCGCAGCAAAGCGAGGCGGUGUCUGGCGGAUUUUCCAUGCGCUCCCUGCCCCAGCCCACACACAGGAAGGCUGAACAGCUCCGGAGACCUUGCCGCUGGGAAUGCUCCCCGGCGUGCGAGCCCUGCAGACUCCGUGCCUGACGCCCACGGGAGCAGCAGGAAGUUUUAGUGCUCAGUUUUAGUCUAAAAGGGAUUUUUAUUCCCUAAGCCCUGCAGAAGAAAACUGGGAAAAAUCAACCCGCUCAAGGGGCCACAGCCCAAAGAGCCAAUAUCAGUUGUGCUGAAAGCUCGCUGUUCAGAGCUGAGCCACGGAGGGUUCGCUCUGAAUUCCAAAGAAACCAGGUGUGUGCAUCCACCCGCCUCCCUCCGCCUCCGCCAUUCCCACCCGCCGCCAUUCUCUUGCUUCUGGAACAACCAUUCCCACCAAGCCCCCCUUUGGCAGCUCAACCAGAGACUCCCCCAUCAGCGCUGCCCGUGCUCUCCAAACACCCUUCCCAAAAUCCUCAGCCCGUGCCCAGCCCAUCACCAUCCCUUCUCCAUCCAAACCCCGGCCGCUGCCCACCACUCACCGCGAGGGAAACGCCAGAUCCUUCUGCCAUCCUUUGGCACAUGGAUCCCCUGGCACUCGGGUGGGCUGGCACGGCUGCCCCCGCCUCCGCCGCACAUCUGGGCAGCUGUGGCCGCGGCGGGCCCCGCGUGGUGCCCCGGCGGCGCUGACAUCAGCGCGGUUUCCUGCCCGCCGGCGCCGCCGCACCGUGUGCGCAGCCCCGACCCCGGAGCCCCGCGGGCCCCGGGACCCUCCUGCAGACCCCCAGAGCCAUGGAGUCGGUGGCCCUGUACAGCUUCCAGGCGACGGAGAAGGACGAGCUGCCCUUCCAGAAAGGCGACACCCUGAAGAUCCUCAACAUGGAAGAUGACCAGAACUGGUACAAGGCUGAGCUGUUUGGCCGCGAGGGCUUUGUCCCCAAAAACUACAUCAGGGUCAAGCCACACCCGUGGUACGCGGGCAGGAUCUCCCGGCACCUGGCAGAGGAGCGGCUGCUCCAGCGCAAUCACCUGGGAGCCUUCCUGAUCCGCGACAGCGAGAGCGCCCCGGGCGAGUUCUCCCUCUCCGUCAGCUACGGGAAGCACGUCCAGCACUUCAAGGUGCUCAGGGAGAGGAACGGCAAAUAUUUCCUCUGGGAGGAAAAGUUCAACUCCCUCAACGAGCUGGUGGAUUUCUACAGGAUGACCACGAUCACCAAAGAGCAGCAGAUUUUCCUGUGGGACGAGGACCAGACCCAGGAGCAGGCAUCCCAAGGCUCAUCCUCGUCCCGUGGUGGCACAGCGUCCCCAUCAGGACCCAGGCAGUGCUACCCAGUGCCAGGGGCUGGCAGAUGGGGACCCCUCUCCUCCCACCAACCCCCGCCCUCGGCUUCCCUGCAGGUGAAGAGACCCCGAUUUGUGCAAGCCCAGUUCGACUUCUCAGCCCAGGAGGGCUCCCAGCUGCCCUUCUUCCGCGGGGACAUCAUUGAGGUCCUGGACUGCCCUGACCCCAACUGGUGGCAGGGGAAGAUCUACGGCCGCGUUGGGCUCUUCCCCCGGAGCUACGUCCACCCCAUCCAGGAGUGACCUUCAAGUGACCAUCCAGGAGUGACCUUCAAGUGACCAUCCAGGAGUGACCCUCACCACGCUGACCGGGCAGGACCCGGCCCCGUUGUCCCCGCUCACCUGAGCUGCCCACACGGCCUGAGUGUCCCUUUGUCCCCAGGAUGGUGCCUGGUCCUUGACCCCCUGCUCUGUGUCCCCCAGCCCAGGGAUGGGGCUGGCAGUGCUGCUCCCCAGGGAGGGAGUGUGGAGUGUUCAACCACGGCCAUAAAAGCUUUUCCAGAGGCACAAUCCAGUGGGAUGACAGCAUUAGAGGGAGUGAGCCCAAAACCCCAAACCCUGAAUCCUCUCCAAACCCUGCAAGCAAAGCCCCAGCUCCAGGGAGGGCUGCAGGCAGCCAGGACACAACCAGGAUCCACAACUCCAUGGAGGAAUUCCAGCACUCAGGGUACCAGGGAAGGCUGGCCCAGGGGGAUCCAUCCUGUGGGUGCUGUUCAUAGCUGCAAAUUGUGAUACUUUUUAAUAUUCUUUUUUUAUUUAGGACCAGUAAAAUGUGUUUGGGUGUUGCCCCUGA